CACCCGGCCAGCGCAACACAAAGUACGUACUGCAUAAGGCAACUUCUGACAUAGCUAGUCCGCGAGCGAUACUAACGAAACCUCCCUGUGUCCUGUCUCAACGCGUCCAUCACAAUGAAGACGUUAAAAACAGGCCAGUCCCAAGUAAUAGACCAUUAAUACAGCCAGUGACCGGAAGCCGUUCUGUUUCUUCAUCAAUCUCUCAUUGCAUCAUCUUCCCCUAACCCCGACACAACUGCGACUUUGAAGAGCGUAAAAGGAUUUCUGUUCUACCAGGGAAGGAGACAACGGAUUAUACGAAUCUAGCUUCGGGCUGACGGCGGAGAAAGCGGACUGCAAGGCACGGCCUCCCACGGAUCGCAUCCGGAGCACCGUGACCAGACGGUGCCGAUCCCGAGCCAGCUGACGAGCGCGCGGUUGCUGCUGGUUCCCUCAGCAUGCGCGACCACCACCAGUACACCCUGGGCUGCACGCUGCGCAACGGCGAGUGCGUCGGCGAAGCAGUCCCGGAGGCGCUGUACAGGCCGCCGCCCAGAAACUGCACCCUCCUGCAGCACGGCCAGUCGGGCUGCAGCCCGUACGGCGACGGCGUGAACUACGGGCGGUUCGGUCCGUUGACGCAGAGCGGCGUCUAUCCGCACUCGACCGAGUACCAGCUGGCAUACAACCGCGGCCCGCUGUCCCCGCUGCAGACGGUGUACCCGCGCAGCUGGACCUACAAACCGCACUGGUCGACGGCCAGCCUGGCCAACAGCGACCUGCUCAGCCAGCUACCGGUCCCGGACCGGCUGCGCUUCAGCCUGGACAACCCCUUCCCGCAGCGCCUGCCCCCGGCCACGCCCACCAUGGCCAGCAACAUGACCAGCGUGGACAACUUGAUCACGGCCAAGCGCGACGCCAGCGUGCCGCAGUGGAUGCUGCGCGACCCGUACCGCGUCAAUCUCCUCGACACCCUCAACGAGGACCCCACGCGCCUCAAGGCCACCACGCUGCGCAUGUGCCAGCAGGAGCAUCAGCUGAUUAACAACAAAGAAAGCGACGUCAAGCAGAAACUGGGCGAGCGAGUUAACGAUGUGAAUUUUUGGCGGCGGGAGAUCGUGGCGGAAGCGGAGAAGAUGGAGACUGAGAUCCGCGCGGUGGACCGGCUGAAGCAGCGCAUCGACCGCGAGAUCCAGGAGCUGGAGGGCCCGCUGAAGGUGUCGCUGGACUGCACGGGUGUGCGCCGACUGAAGCUCAGCGGCAACGCCAUCAUCUACCUGGACACGGUGGAUUACGAACUCAGUAAGGAGCAAGAGCUGAUUAGCAACACCCGCGACAAUCUGCGGCAUGUGUCGGCCGCACUGCAGGCGCAGAACGGGCGCAACCGCGUGGCCCUGGACGAGCUGUACCGCGACAGCGCCAACAAGCACACGGCGCUCAGCAUCGACCACCGCUGCUACUCCAUGCACCACACCUCGCCCGAAGUCCGCGCCUACCCCGGCAUCGAGACCUUCGACAACACCAUUUCCACGCCGCAGAGCUGGGCGCAAAUGUCCAACAAUUUAGUGCUGCGCGCGCAAAGCACGCGCGCCGAGUCGAACCGGCUGCGGCAGGACGCCGAGCAGCAGUCCAAGAAGACCGACCACGACUUGUGGCUGCAGUGGUCGCGCGUCAACGAGGCGCUGCGCGUCAAGAUCCGCCAGCUGGAGGAGUUCAGCCGCCAGCUCCACCACCGCUACACCAUCGUCAACCAGGAGCUGUGCGACCUGAUGCGGGACGCCGACCUGCUGAAGCGCAACAUCGAGGACAAACGCCGGCCGCUGCAGCUGGCCCAGACGCGGCUGCAGUGGCGCUCGCACCGGCCCUACAUGGAGAACUGCUACGACCCGCCGCACCAAGGACUGCGGGACGAGCUGGGCGACAUCCACGGCGCGGUGGAGCGGCUGCAGAAGCAGCUGAAGGACGUGGAGAUCAGCCUCAACAACCUCAACUACACCAAGGUGGCGCUGGAGCAGGAGAUCCGCGCCACCGCCGAGGCCAUCCACCGCGACCGCGACCGCUGUCUGGCGCCGCGGGAGGCCUACCCGGUGCCCUUCCGGCCCGUUGUCGUGUGAUCCUUGUGCAAGAUCAACACGCCGGCCGGGUUGUUGCAGACGCUCCAAAAGCUGCUGUGCUUUCUGUGAUCAGUGACGGCUUUGAAUAAUACGCACAAUUAACUGCCUUAAUUCUUUUAUUAAUUCACACUUUUUAUUACUUAUAUUUUUGAUUAAUUUUUAAUUUUUGUAUAACCUAAAUUUGGAAUUUAUUCAGAUUCAAUUUAUAAACCACUUUAAAUUAAUGUCAAUCAGAGCGAAAAUUUUUGAGAAUUUUCUUGAAA